UUUUUUGACACUGUUUGACAGCCGCGAUGUCAAGUCGUUGUCCCUAAAGCUUUUUAUUAUUUUUUCCCCCCUGUCGACUUCUUAUUUAGGUCGGGGAACUACAUACGAUGAUAAUCAAACGUAAAAAGUGUUUAGGCUGAUAUUAAGAAUUCGGCCGAGACGCUUUUGUUUGUUGUUAAAGAAAGCUCGCGCGCUAGCCGUGAACUUCCUUCAAGCGAUUUUGAAUAAGGAAGUAGCUCAAUUAGCUUAGCCUAGCCUAGCCUAGCCAGCUAGCUAGCUCUCGAUAUGUAAACAUCUCAAAUGGAGGGUGUGUCCGAGUGAAUUUUUUUUUUUUCCUGAUUAUUUUAAAGAGAUCAUUUUUGGGGAGAAUGGGCGACGCGGCGAAAGUUCAGCGUCGGGAGCAGUUAAAACGCUGGAACGGCUCGACUACAGACCGAGAACCGGCCGCGCCGAGGAGACGCUGGCGGGAUGUAGAGGAGGAUGGACGGGAAGAUGGAGAGAAAACACAGGACGCAGACGGCCAACGACCUGGCCGGCAACACAUCAAAAGAAGAAAGCAUGUUCGAUUUGAGAGGACGGCAGAGUUCCUGGCCGUCUGUGCCAGCGGAGACACAGAGGAGGCGAAGGAGAUGCUGAAGGAGGUGCAGGUUAUAAGCAAUGGGGACAAAAUGUCUGGACAGGACAUGGUUAAUUCUUCCAAUGCCGACGGAAUCUCAGCACUGCACCAGGCUUGCAUCGACGGUAGUAUCGAGGUGGUGGUCUUCCUCUUGUCUCAAGGUGCUAACGUAAACCAGGUGGACAACGAGGGCUGGACCCCGCUUCACGUAGCAGCUUCCUGUGGGAACAUGGAAAUUGCUGAAUACUUGCUGCAGAGGGGAGCAUCUCUUAGCUCGGUGAACUGUGAUGGCGACGUACCAUUAGAUAUCGCCAAAGACGAAGCCAUGGAGGCACUAUUGCAGCAGCACACCCUGAAACAUGGUGUGGAUGUGGAGGCAGCUAAGCGUUUGGAGGAGGAGUGUAUCAUGCGUGAUGCCCGUGGUUGGCUUACAGACGGUGUGCCAGCUGAUCUGCACCACCCCAGGACUGGAGCUACACCCCUUCAUGUUGCGGCUGCAAAGGGCUACCUAGAAGCCAUCAAGUUGCUGUGUCAGUGUGGCCUGGAUGUGUCUGCUAAAGAUGGGGACGGCUGGACUCCGCUCCAUGCUGCAGCCCACUGGGGUCAGAGUGAGGCCUGUUGUCUCCUCGCAGAGCAACUUUGUGACAUGGAUGCCUGCAGCAAUGGGGGUCAGACUCCAUUUGAUGUUGCUGAUGAAAGUGUGGAGACCUUGCUGGAGGAAUUAUUGCAGAGACAAGCUAGUUGGCGAACCGAACAAGCCAUUAAGGAUAAACAGAAUGCGCAAGCAUCCGCAAACGGCAACGCUGCCAAAAGACGCAGAAGCUCGGUGUGUAGGAUGAGCAGCCGAGAAAAGAUGAGCUUGCAGGAUCAGUCAAAGGAACGAGGAGUCUCUGGAGGCCUGGAGAUAAAUGAGGACAAAGAGAGCAGUCCUGAGGCUUCCACGGUGUCAAGUCCAGAUACAGAAAGCAUCACUACCUCCACAGUCAGCCCUGCUGACAAGACCCCUGAAGAGAAGGAAGCGGAGGAGAAAGAGCAGGAGCGAGAGAGCCGAACUGCUCGUGUUCCUCCCACGCUGCAAAGAAGCGAAUCAACCCCAGAGAGUCCUAGCGGUCCCUCUAGUGACGGCAAGAAAUACCAGGCUCCAGUUCGAGACGAGGAGUCAGAGUCUCAGAGAAGAGCUCGGUCACGACUCAUGCGCCAGUCACGACGCUCCACUCAGGGAGUGACCCUGACCGACCUCAAAGAGGCGGAAAAAAUCGUUAAUAGGACGUCUGAACCUCAGCCCAGUCUUCAGCCCGUCAGUCCUGUUGUCACGGUAACGCCAGCAGAGAGAGAUACAGAGCCUGGGAAGGCUGCUAGCCCGGAGGGAGACUCCAAACUGGGUGUAAAUGUGAAAGAUCGCCGUAGAGCAAGGAGAGAGAGACGAUCGACUGGCAUUGCUGCUCUUAUGGGAGAGACAGAGGACCUGGAUGCAAACGAGCCUACACGUGCAUACAGCACCUCAAGUGACACCCAGCCAGGAGAUGUAAAAUCCUUACUAUCCCUGGAUUUCAGAAAGCUGUAUGUGGAGGUGUUGAAGGAGAACGGCGCUCUGAGAGAGAAGCUUCAGGAGACGCAGCUGCAGCUCAGCGAGUGUAAAGUAGAGCUCGAGCGACUCAGACAGGUCUGCAGCCAGGAAAACGGUUGUGACCGACCGGCUCUACUGGAACUAGAAAGAUUUGAAAAGAAAGCUCUCGAGAGGAAAGCAGCAGAGCUUGAAGAUGAACUCAAGGUUCUGGUCGAUUUGCGUGCCGAUAACCAGAGGCUGAAAGACGAGAACGCUGCACUCAUUCGUGUCAUCAGUAAACUCUCCAGAUGAGCCUGCCUCUUCCGCCACUUCACUGAAACCACUGCCCAUCUCUAUCCCCAGAAUAAACUAGAAGAACGCUCUUCUCCUUCAGCGUGGUCAUAACGCACUGCAACUGUGUGUGUGUGUGUGUGUGUGCGCGCGCGUGCGUGUGUGUGAUCUAUCUCACCCCUCGGGUGGCUAAACUACUGUUCUCCAAAUUAACCUGCACACAAAGGUGAACAGACCAAGCCGCAGCACAACCCUCAGUUAAAACAGCACACGGACAUGACAUCAGGAAAUUUUAGACCUCCGAUUACGACUGGCCUGAUUUUGCUCGUUCCAGGUCUCAAGAGCGGUAACACAUUACUUGAACUCAGUGAUCAAUUGAUAAACACAGGCACAAUUAUACAGCGUUUCUUUUUUUUUUUUUUUCAUAACAAUUUUAAGACAGAAAAAACGAGGCUGGUGAAGAAACUAGCAUUUAUAGCUUCUAAGUGAUAACAGGAACUAGCUCAUGUUACAUGGACGUUCCCCAAAAUUAUAUAUAAUUAUAAAUGAAUUUAAAAACAAAAAUGUAAUUUUAUGAAGUGAUAUUUUUGGCAAAUUAAUGUGGGAGGAAAACACAGUUGAGGAUUGUGCAUUUAUUGGACAAUAAUCAACUUCAGAGAAGGUUACAGUUACUUUGUUUCGUUGAUUAUUUUCCUAUAAUAGCACAAGCAUGUGACGUAUCGUGUGUUAACUGCCAUGUGUAUUAUCAUACGUGGCACUAUUCCAUAACUAACAAUGGCUUAUUCCAGCAUAUGUGCCGAUGCGUUUCUGACACGUUCAUGUCAGUGUUAUGACACUGGGUUCAAGUAACGUGUUACCUGAAGUCCAUACUUGAAGUACAGCAGGUUGGAGGCAAAAUGCAGGGUGCUUUUUUUUUCCGUAUAUUUAAUUAGAUUCUUUUUUUUUUGUGCACUGUUCUCUUAAUUAUUAUGUUUUUUUUUUUGUUUUUUUUACCUUGUAGCUUAAUGCAAAAUAAGCCAGUACAAGGUUGCCAGUUUAUAUUCUUCUUCGCUUUAGUCAUGUGUAUCCACUGUAGCUUGUAGUUUAGAUUCUGACAGUGUUGGACACCAGAGGGCACGGCCAAUCAUCGGCUUUUAGGACACAACCAAAAAAAAGGCACAUCUGGAUUUUGCCAGUUGACGUGUCAGAGUUUUUGUUUUUUUCUUCUUUUUUUUUUUCCUCUGAGUUGCUAACUUGGUCAUAUGACAGAAUUUCUUUUCACGUUUUCAUCUUGGCCCCACAACCUAGCAUGAAAUAUAGGUCAUUUAGUAGUUUCUCUAGUCAUUUCUUAAUGUCUGCUUAAUAUUAAAGGUGCAGUUUGUGAUAUUUAAAAGUGAUAAUAGCAUCGUUUGAAAAAUGCCAUAUGAAAACUGUUGUGUAUUAUUCCAUUUUAGCUUCUGUUUACAUUUUUUUCGGGUCCAAAAUUCAGCACCGCCCCCGGAUUAAACACCACCGCUCGGCUGUUUCCAGCUCGGAUCGAGGGAACAGUUGGGUUUAUCAGUUAAUCGUGGCCAUUUUCCUCACAGACAGCAGAGGGCACAAAAUUACAAACUGCUCCUUUAAUAUUGUCUCUAUCAAAGGGCCCCUUUAUGGCGUCACUUUGCUAGCAUAGGACUGUAAAAUCCUUAAACUGUUUUUUCUCUUGUCUCUAAUGUCACUAGUCAGGUUUGUAAGCAUGUUAGGUAAACCGCUAUAUUAGCAAAUGUCUAAGAUAAAAAUGUGCGCUUUGCAUAUUUAAGUGAAAGCUGCGCGUUUACACUGGAAAAUGCAGCAGAAUGUAGAGUACGAUUAACACCUAGAGGACACUUCAGGAAGACCUUGAGUUCAGCGACCCUAGUUUUGUAAUCGGCUUCUGUAUCAGAUCCUCUGCUGCAGUUUAUCCAGUCAGAAGCAUUCAUAUAAAUCAUCAAACCACAGACAAGCUAUAAACGUAAGCUCAAAAAUGGGAUAGAUUUACUGAUAAUUAGAGGCUUGUUUGUUUUUAUUAGUGGCAUGAUGGCAUUGUUUAGGGAAAAGAACAAACGAUGAUUGGACCGUGAUAUGUGUUUAUUCUCCCAGCAACAACGCAUCAAACCAGACUUGUUCCAUCUGUUCUUAGACCGUGGCACUAUUUUAACAUAAUCAGUUUAAAUGAUCUUCAGAUAAAUAGCUAAUUUACUCAUCAGUAAGUGUUAGGAAUAAUGGUUAACUUGUUGCUAGUCAGUCAGGUUAUUUGCUUUGUAGAAAGGAAUAGAAUGAAACCGGACCUUUGGCGAAUUGUACAUGGAUGUCUCCGUGCUAGAACGUGGCGUAGAAGCACUUUUGGCAGUUCUGUAAGUUAUAGAAGGGGCAGUGCCGUUAGAGGAAGCUGUACAGUCUAAAAUUUGUGUUGUACAUUUUGUGUAAUUAAGACUAGUAUCCUAGGUUAUAUCAAGCUGAAGAAAAGAAGUAGUGAUGUCACAUGAUCAAGUAUGCUAAUCAUUUCUUACUUACACUCCACCCUUUUUUGACCAGUGACACCUGACGCUCUGCAAAAUCAGGACCACGCUUGCAUUGUUAGAAUCAACACAGAUGCAAAUGUGCCAAAACCUGAAGCUCCACUACUGCGUGGCUACAGGUGCUACGCUGUUGAGGACAGGGGCUUUCUCUCUCUCGCUCUCUCUCUCUCUCUCUCUCUCUCUCUCUCUCUCUCUCUCUCUCUCUCUCUCUCUCUCUCUCUCUCUUUGUGUCUUUCUCUUUCUCUCAGGACAAGCUUAGAUCAACACUGUACUCAAGCACACUGCUACUGUAUGUCGGACCAAACAGUCAUUGACAUUGUUGCUGUUUCUCAGCGAGCGAGUAUUUAUGAGUGUAAGUGAUGUAUUACAGAACUCGUGUCCUGUGCCAAUGGUGGUGUAGGGAUUAUUUUUUUGUCAUUUAUUUUCCAAGAGAAGGAGGAGAAGAAUGUUUAUACUGUGAUUCCUGCUCUUAGAGGAACAGGCGCUUUAUAAGGUCAAAGCUUUUGACAGUUUACCAUCACAUUGUUGUUUUUUUUUUUUUUUUUACUAUUAAUUGCUCUUGUUUUUAUUAAUAUUAAUUUUAUGCCAAUGCAUGCCAAGAUUGUAUUUCGAAAAAAAAAAACAAAAAAAAACAUGUGCCUUUCUACAUAUCUAUUUUAAUAUUUUGAUGUUGCUCAGUUGAAAAGCUCUGGGCUCGUUGGCCCAAAAGUGCUCCAGUAGACUCCUACAGAUUCUGCUGUCAUUAAAAAAAACCACAUACAACCGUCUGCAUUUGGUGAAACAGCCAAUAAAAGUCAAUGGAAUCA